ACUUCCCUUUUGGUUAGUUGUAAUGUUGGCCCUCUUGAGGAUAUAGCCUUUUUAGUACAAUUUAGUGUAAAAUACCUGGAGGUUGGUUUAAAACUUUUAAAAGGGCCAACACGAUAAAUAUACUAUUGUCUUUAUCUGUGGGAUAUAUUGAUAUGUCAAUAAUUGAAGUUUCUUUUCUGCUGUGAUAGUAGCAGAAAGUUAAAUUGCGCGUCGUUGUCGGCGAUCAACUCGCCAUUAUAGAAUUCUGAAAGAAAAGACAAGGAUGCGUUCUCGCCACGGUCGAGCAGACUGAGCGGCAUGUACGAAAGCACGUGCGGAGCGGCGGCCAGCGGGCAGUGCGGUGCGGCGCAGCACGACGGCGAUGGGACCGCCGCGGCGCCCGCCCGCCCCGAGCCUGCCGCGCGCGACUACAGCGGCUUCGACAUAGUAAAGGCCACACAGUAUGGUGCCUUCGAUCGCGUGCGCGAGCUUGUGGAGGCCGGCUGGGACGUGAACCAGCCGGAUCAUGAGACGGUGACUCUGCUUCACUGGGCGGCGAUCAACAACAGGCGCGAGAUCUGCCAGUAUCUGCUGGCGCGAGGCGCGCACGUAGAUGCUGUGGGCGGUGAGCUGCGCGCUACGCCGCUGCACUGGGCUGCGCGUCAGGGGCACCUGGAGGCGGCCGUGAUCCUAGUGCGAGCGGGGGCAGACCUGACUUGCCGCGACGCAGAAGGCUGCGCGCCGCUGCACUUGGCGGCGCAAUUUGGGCAUACGGCGGUGGCGGCAUACCUGGUGGCAGCAGGUGGCGCGGGCGCGGCGGACGCAGGGGACGCGGGCGGCAUGACACCGCUGAUGUGGGCGGCAUGGCGCGUGGCAGCUGUGGAUCCAGCGCGGCUACUGCUGUCCCUGGGCGCGUCGCCGCGCCCGGCCGACCAGGCGCAUGGCAACACUGCACUGCACUGGGCUAUUUUAGCCCGCAACUCUACUGCUGUGUCUACACUUGUACUUUAUGGUAACGCUCCAUUGGACGUGCCUAACUUGCGUGGAGCUACCCCACUGGCCAUGCUGCAGGCGGCCGCCGGCACAGGUCGGGACUCCUGGAUCGGCAGCAAGGUGCUCGAGAAGGUGCGAGAGCACGAGCUCAAGCACUCCAGGCCGCAUCUGCUGCGGAGGCUGCUCUAUGACAAGUUAAACAGAACACCAUGGAAUAUGAAGGUGAAGCUUAUAGAAUCUGUCAUCUACCGCUAUUUACGACUUCGGAAGGUAACAUCCAAGCUGCGUUGGUGGGUGGUGGUGUUGGCUCCGUUCGUGGCCUUCUACCUCUCAGGGCUUGUGCUGGAGUCCCGCGCGCGUUACGCGGUGAAGGCCCUGCUGCUUCUGGCCCUGUCUGCAGCGCUGCACGCGCUGGGUUCAGCGCUGCUUGAUGAUGACUUGAAGAAUAUCUUUCCGCUCAGCGUGUACUUGGCUACAAAGGCGUGGUUCUACAUAACCUGGGCGGUGUUCCUGCUGGGCGCGGCGGGCUGGCGCGCCACGCUGCUGUUCCUGCUGUGCUCCGCGGCGCUGUGGCACUUCUUCCUCAAGUCCUGGCGCUCCGACCCCGGCGUCAUCCGCGCCUCCACCCGCGACAAGUUCCGGACGAUAAUCGAGCUGUCAGAAGACAGUCCUGGCGGCGGCGGCGCCGGGUUCGACCCGGCGUCCUUCUGCUCAGCGUGCCUGGUGCGUCGCCCGCUGCGCUCUAAACACUGCUCGGUGUGCAACCGCUGCGUGGCGCGGUUCGACCACCACUGUCCCUGGGUUGGCAACUGUAUUGGGGCGAACAACCACCAGCACUUCAUCGGUUUCCUGCUAAGUCUGAUAGUGAUGUGCGGCUGGAUGUUGUGGGGCGGCGUGCAGUACUACCGCGCCGAGUGCCCCGCCGACGCCGCCGAGAGCGGCCUGGAGACGCUCCUGCGCUGGGCGCAGUGCAACGCCUGGCUCAUGUGGGUGCUGCUCCACGCCGCCUUCCACAUGUUCUGGGUCACCAUCCUCACCUGCUGCCAGAUGUACCUGGUCGUGUGCCUCGGUAUGACGACAAACGAGCAGCUGAACCGCGGCCGCUACCGCCACUUCGCCGCGCGCGGCGGUCGCUCGCCGUUCUCGCGCGGGCCGCUCCUCAACUGCGUGGACUUCUUCGAGCUGCGACUCUGCGGGCUGUGCACGCCGCGGCGCGCUGAUUGGUCGCGGGCCGGCGGCGCACAGGACGCGGACGCGGACGCGGACUCGGCGCCGAUGCUGCAGCACGUGGUGUGAGGCGCGGCGCGCGCUGCCGCCGGCGCCGCCGAGCCCGUGUAGCCGCUCUACCGCCCCGCCCCUGCGUUUCUAAGUUUUACGAGAGAUGUCAGACAGAUUUUAACGUGUAGUGUGACGGAUUUGUCAACGGAUGACUCGGUCUCUUGUUAUUCUAACUUGUCCUUCGGCGAUAGAUUAAAUCGGUGUACCACUAAUAUUGUCGCACUCGAACUUAGCCCCUGUGCUGUGACAGGAAUUUGCAUGUUUGGUUUAUUUAAAUAUGAGCAUUCCGACGGGUGACCCGAACGUCCGUGCCGAUGACGAGAAAUCGAAUCGUUUUGCUGGACUAUAAAACGGAAGCGACUCACGAGACAGUCACUACGGAAGACUACUUCGAUGAUUCUGGAAAUGCUCCGAAGCUUGGUUUUUACACGAAAUUUGUUUCAAAUGUAUCUUGUUGACCGAGAUGAUCACAAAUAUCUGAACAUUUACAGUUGCUAGAACGUGUGUUCAGAAAUUUCAUUCCCUAACUAAAACUGCAUCAGACAAUUCUUUUUGCUCUCUAAAAUAUUCUUAAACUAUAGACGAAAGUUCGAUGUGCCACUCGUUUAAAUUUUUAAAUCAAGCCAUGGAAAAAAUAUGCCUUCGAGAACUAAUCGUCAUAUGAUGGUAAAAUAUUCUAGUAUAUUAACAUUAUAUGCAAUAGGCAAAAAUCGGCCUAUUUAAAGCAUAAUAUCUGUUGCAAAUAUAUAUACGCUGUAACUUUGUAAAUAUUUUGUGUAGUGACUUUAUGAAUACGUGCCUAUCAGAUACGGAUAUCGUUUCUAAAUUGGUAAGUUAAAAAAAACGAAAUAUCAGUGGCGGCGCGUUAUAUCUUAUUUAUUUGGUGACUUAUCCAUAGUAGAGUUGAGUAGCUAGAAUAGCCAGUCUAGGGACGCCCCGCCACUGCGGAAUACGGUCACAAAAUAAUUAGCUAGAAAAAAAUCUGUAUCUACAAUCUGUAUUUGGCUAUGAAGUUAAAAUCUGUCAAAUACCUCCAGCUCUAUUUGGAAACACUUAGUAUUAACCCUCCUCUCUUACUGAUCCGAGUAAAACUUAUAAAUGUAGCGACGGCCGUAGUCAGGUCUCCGGGGCGCGCGUCGCCGUCAGCAGUGCGCCGGUCACGAUCCGUACUGGUCCCGAGAAACCGGUAUCGGUCCCGAGAAACCGGUACCGUUACCGAAAAAAACCGGUACAGGUCCCGAAAAAACUGGUACCGGUCCCGAGAAACAGGUACCGGUCCCGAAAAAACCGGUACCGGACCGCAAGCGCGCGAUUCGCGCUCGCACGCGUUCUUACAUCGAUCUCCGCAAAUGGACUAUAUUUUUUGUAGUACAACUUAGGUUAUACGUACACGUGUAUUGUGUAUUUCUAAACUAUUAAUAUAGUAAUGUUUACCAAAAAUGUUCGUCGCUUCUCGCGGUCGCUGACCUUGUAAUUUUUAUAAUUAUUGAACAAUAUGGAAUUAAUGUUUAAUAGGUUUAAUUAAAGUUAUUCCGAGCGAACAAAUUGUAAUUAUGUAGGUAUGUUGUUGUGUGCGUGAGGCUUGGGCGAGUGUGUGUGCCCGAUGGAAGGUAAAUAUUGAUACUUGUCCCGUUUUUGUGGUACAAUUUGUUUUAAAAUAAUAGUAUACCAAUAGUAUUGGAAUGACAGGUGUCAAAAUUGACGUAAAAAUUGCCAUUGGGAAUAGUUAUUAAGGGCGUUCUACACAUUCCUGAGUUAAGCUUCUUAAGGCCGGGGUUCAUAUUGGUACCUAAUCCUUGUUGAAAAUUGUAAACUGAAAGUACUGAAACCAUUUUUCUUCUUCAAUAUGUAUUUCUUUAAUACUCGUACACUGAUAGUUUAUUUUUAUAGGCAUUUAUGGCACGUGUGUUACAUUUUUAUGUCCAGUCACGAAUGUCACCAUCAGAGAUAUCGGACCGGCCAGGAUGUUCAAAAAUAUCUGAACACCAUAACAAUAAAGGCGUGUUCAGAUUUCUGUGAGCACUUUGACCGCUUCGAUAUCUCUGAUGGCGGUACAGACAACCAAUCUGAAUACUAGGCCACUGUAGAACCCUUUCACAGUAAAAGUCAAAGUGAUUGCUAUAGGAAAUAAAGCACGGUGUCAAUACGACAGGGUUCUAGAAUGGCCUAGGAUUAUAAUUGGUUGGCUGUACAGUCAACCAAUUGGAACCCUGGGGCACUGUAGAACUAUGUCAUAGUGACGUUAUAAAUCAGAUUGUAAGAAAUCUCUUACUGCUUAUCAUUUUGACAUGGUUGUAGAGUGGCCUAGGGUUCCAAUUGGUUGACUGUGCAAGCAAGACAUUGCGAACAUCAUCGUUGGUCGAUUACCCAAGCGUCGGAGGUUAAAAUCAGGAAGGUGUGACGCCCGUUGCACCUACUUUAAGAAACGAAGCUUCAAAACCGAAAUAAAUUACACAUAUGAAAGAAAAAGUGACCAAGUCCUCUGGUGCCUGAGGCUGGAAUCGAACCAGCGUACUUUCCAAUCGCGGGAAAUGCCUCUUAAUCCGCUCGGCCACC